CCUCACACCUCUACCAGAGCAGGUUCUGAAAGGAGAUCGGAACAACGUCGACUACUUUCUUCCUUUACUGGAAGCUGUGAUAGUGAUCUGCUCAAAUUUAAUCAGUUGAAGUUCCGCAAGAAGAAAUUGCGUUUCUGCAAGAGCCAUAUUCACGACUGGGGCCUUUUUGCAAUGGAGCCAAUUGCAGCAGAUGAGAUGGUUAUUGAAUAUGUGGGACAAAACAUUCGGCAGGUCAUUGCAGACAUGCGGGAGAAACGAUAUGAAGAUGAAGGGAUUGGGAGCAGUUAUAUGUUCAGGGUGGACCAUGACACCAUUAUCGAUGCCACAAAGUGUGGGAAUUUUGCUCGGUUUAUUAAUCACAGUUGUAAUCCCAAUUGCUACGCAAAGGUCAUCACUGUGGAGUCCCAAAAGAAGAUCGUCAUUUACUCCAAACAGUAUAUCAAUGUGAAUGAAGAGAUUACAUACGAUUAUAAGUUCCCAAUAGAGGACGUUAAGAUCCCUUGUCUUUGUGGAGCAGAGAACUGCAGAGGGACGCUGAAUUAA